AUGCAGGCGCCUGAACCCGACCAUGACAAGAGCGACUCCUCCAAGUCGCAGUUACCCAAGAAAUACCUCUGCAAGGUGUGCAACCAGGGCUUCACCAGAAAGCACAACAUGGUGUCGCACGAGCUCAUCCACUCGUCUCUCAAGCCGCAUGUUUGCACGGUGUGCAACUUGAAGUUUCGUCGAAUCCAUGACUUGAAACGGCACGAGAAAUUGCAUACGGGUGAAAAGCCCUUCGAAUGCGAUAAGUGUUUCCGCAAGUUUGCCAGACCCGACGCUCUCACCAGGCAC